CUACCAUUCUGUUUCUAUUGAUCACAUGUUUUUGGUUUAGUGUCCAGUGAUCUGCUCUUAUGUUGUUGUUUGACUGAAAUAUGCCGACAGGUUCAUUCUCAUUAUGAGCCUCAUUAGGACAUGCAUGCCAUUUCUAAUGUAUUCCUCAGAGCUGGAUGAUUACUGAGGCAGGAAUUCACUGUGUUUAAAUAAAGAGAAUGAAGUAGUAUGUAAGUGACGUAUGUUUGCAGGGUCUUUAAUAACUGGGACAGAGUGGUUUAAUACAGGCACGAGUCCUGGUUCCGUCCUGAGAGACACUGAGAUGUCGAGCACAGUGUUUCUGUCAGUGCUGCUGAUGCUGGCGGGGCUCAGAGGGGCAGUUGCGUCUGACAUGCAGGUUUUUGAGAAAUCAGCUCACAGGGGUAAAAGUUUUCUGGGCAGCGGUGACGAGAGACACAGUGUGAGGAGGCAGCUGCACCAACAGGUAAAGGAGACAUUUAAAGCUACUAGAAGUUUGGCUCUCGAGAGCUUCAAAAUCCAAUCGACCCCUACCAGUAAAAUCAGCCUCCCCACCUUCAUCAAGUUGUACCCGCCUACAGCCAAACCCCUCCACCUGCACGCCAACAUGCCCAUGCGCUUUGGGAGGCAGAGCAGCGCGGGUGAGGACGGAGAAACAAACUCCACCCCUAACUUUCCGCAGAGGUUCGGAAGAGCAUGGGACUCGAUUCAAAUGUGUGCCGAGAGCCCCUGUGUCCGAGCCGCAGCGAACGCACCGCUGCCUCAGAGGUUUGGGAGAAACAAGCUGAACUGGAAACUUCUCAUGAUGCUGGUCAAUAAACACUUACUGGACAACGGCAAGCACUGGACUGAAGGUGAUGUCCUAUCAAGCAGCUCAGAAGAGAUGGAGACGCCAGACAAAAAUCUUUGAAGGAUUAUGUCAACACUCCAAUAAAUAAUGUACAUAAAAACAGUGUUUUUACUGUAAAGGCAAAUGAAUAAAAUACAAAUAAAUAUUAAA